AUGGUUUUAUGUUACCAAUUUUUUUUCUUCCUUAGUUUGGAUGCUCUUCCACGAGUCACAUGUCCAAACCAUCCUGAUGCAAUUUUAGUGGAGGACUACAGAGCUGGUGAUAUGAUUUGUCCCGAAUGUGGCCUGGUUGUAGGUGACCGAGUUAUUGAUGUCGGAUCUGAGUGGAGAACAUUCAGCAAUGACAAAGCAACAAAGGAUCCAUCUCGAGUUGGAGAUUCUCAGAAUCCUCUUCUGAGUGAUGGAGAUUUAUCUACCAUGAUUGGCAAGGGCACAGGGGCUGCAAGUUUUGAUGAAUUUGGCAAUUCUAAAUACCAAAAUCGGAGAACAAUGAGUAGCUCUGACCGAGCCAUGAUGAAUGCAUUCAAGGAAAUCACUACCAUGGCAGACAGAAUCAAUCUCCCUAGAAAUAUAGUUGAUCGAACAAACAAUUUAUUCAAGCAGGUGUAUGAGCAGAAGAGCCUGAAGGGAAGAGCUAACGAUGCCAUAGCUUCUGCUUGUCUCUACAUUGCCUGUCGACAAGAAGGGGUCCCAAGGACUUUCAAAGAGAUAUGUGCUGUAUCACGGAUUUCUAAGAAGGAAAUUGGUCGAUGUUUUAAACUUAUUUUGAAAGCUUUAGAAACAAGUGUGGAUUUGAUUACAACUGGGGACUUCAUGUCCAGGUUCUGUUCAAACCUUUGUCUCCCUAAGCAAGUGCAAAUGGCAGCUACACAUAUAGCCCGUAAGGCCGUAGAGUUGGACUUGGUGCCAGGGAGGAGCCCAAUAUCUGUGGCGGCGGCAGCUAUUUACAUGGCGUCACAGGCUUCAGCUGAGAAGAGGACCCAAAAAGAAAUUGGAGAUAUUGCUGGUGUUGCUGAUGUAACCAUCAGACAGUCCUACAGACUCAUCUAUCCUCGAGCCCCAGAUCUGUUUCCUACAGACUUCAAAUUUGACACCCCGGUUGACAAACUACCACAGUUGUAAGUGACGGUCGCUGAUGCCAGACUCUGGUGAACGCUGAACUUUGCCUGUUGUUCAUUGCCUGUUCAGUGCCGGAUUGAGCCUUUCACGGAGAAAAAGAAAAGAUAUGUUAUGCAUUCCAGGGCUAUGAGUCUAAAUUGCUUGGCUUUCUAUACAUAUAUAUUAGUGAAACGUAUUUAAUGACUUAAAUUUCUUAAUGAAUUUGCUUUCUUUUGUAGCACUCUAGGAAACUAUUUUGGAAGAUAUUUGAAAUGAUGUCAUUCUUGAAUAAAACAUUUUUCAAAAUUGAAAUUUUUGUUAUAAUUACAAGUUAUAUGUAAUUUAUAAUAUAUAAUUACAAAUAGUGCAUACUGUAGCUAAUAAAACUGAUAGGGGUCUAUUUUUCCCAUUAUUUUUCUUUAUUAUAUGUUUUAUUUUAAUAAAGUUAUGGAAAUAAAGACUUCUGGAAACCGUU